GCCCUGAACGCGUCACGAGGUUUGACAGCUCCAACAUGGCGGCUGUGAGCUAGAGGAGCGUCCUGCGUCUCUUAUCACCGCGGUCGUCAGGCGGAAGUAACCGGGUCGGCUCGCCCCUUUUCUUCCUGGUUCGUGUCCAGUCGGUGUCCGGUUCGGGAGGGAGGGAAGGAGGGAACCGGGCGGACCGGACAACAGCAGCAGCAGCGGGCCGAGGGCGGACACUACAUGUUCACCUGUCCGCCGACAUGUCUCACAGAUAACCUCAGGCCUCACUCCGUGCUCAUCCCCGCCCUCCGCUGACGAUGUCAUCGCCCCCAGCGAAGCCCUCCCCCUCAUCGGCGGCGGCCCUCGACUCCCUCUCCGUGUCCUCCCUCCUGUCCGGGGAUCUAGACGAUGACGGAGAUGGAGGAGGAAGAGGAGGAGAAGGGGAGGAGGAGGAAGGUCUCGGGGACCUGGAGGUGAACCCGUACGACGGUCUGCCGUUCUCCUCCCGUUACUACGCCCUGCUGGAGGAGCGGCAGCAGCUUCCUGUGUGGAGGCUGAGGCGGCGUCUGCUGGAGCAGCUGGAGAACCACAGCAUGGUGCUGCUCAGUGCCACCAGUGGGGCGGGGAAGAGCACGCAGGUGCCUCAGUGGUGUGUGGAGUUCGCACUGUCCUACCACUUCUCCCAGGGCCUGGUCUGCUGCUCGCAGCCGCACGCGGUGGCGGCGGUGAGUCUGGCGCUCCGCGUGGCCGACGAGAUGGACCUGAGCCUCGGCCUGGAGGUCGGCUACAGGGUGUCACACGACGACAGCUGCACGCCCGAAACGCUGCUCAGGUUUGUCAGCGACACGCUGCUGCUGGAGGAGAUGAUGUCGGACCCUCUGCUGCACCAGUACGGCGUGGUGGUGCUGGACGAGCUGCAGGAGCGCACCGUGCCCACCGACGUUCUGCUGGGCCUGCUGUGCGACGUCUGCCGCCAGAGGCCCGACAACUUCCGGGUGGUGCUGCUCACGCACCCGGUGCUCGCCCCUCGCCUCGCCGCCUUCCUGGGAGCCUCCGUCCCUCACCUCCGCCUGGAUGCCGACCCCGCCGCUGGACGCCAGGAAGAGGAAGAGGAAGAGGAAGAGGGGAAGGCCGUGGUGGAGACGGUGGUGGAGACGGUGGUGGAGACGAUGUACCGGGAGCUUCCCUCGGGGAAGGAGCCGGUGGCUGCCGCCUGUCACGUGGUGCUGGACCUGCACAGACGAGGAGAGGACGGAGACGUGAUGGUGUUUCUGGCGAGUGCACAGGAAGUAGACGAGUGUGCGUCGCUGCUGGAGAAGGAGUGCGUUGCUCUGAGUCCUCAGCUCGGUCGUCUCCGGAUCCUGCCGCUCCACGCCGGACUGGGCGGACUGACGCAGCGGGUCUACGACCCCCUAGACCCCGACUCCUCUGUGCUCAGGGAGAGCGGCGGCUCCGAGGGCGCGAAUGGCUGCGCAGGCGCUGCACUGGCAGCCGGGAGUCAGGGAGUCAAGAGGAAGGUCGUGCUCACCGACACGUUGUCGGAGGCGUCCUUCUCUCUGCCCGCCGUCCGCUACGUCGUCGACACGGGCCUUCAACUCAAAACUGUUUACAACCCGCAGAUCAGAGCUAACUCGCAGGUUCUGAGGUUGAUCAGCAAACACCAGGCGGACAUGAGGGGUCAGAGGGUCAACAGCCGACUGCCAGGACUGUGUCUCCGUCUGUACCCGCGGUCGGUGUACGAGGACGGGAUGACGGAGGCUCAUUGUCCCGGGGUGGUGGAGGAGAACCUCAGCCACCUGGUGCUGCUGCUCAAGAGGCUCGACAUCGCCGACAUGGGACAGUGCAAGUUCCUGGACCGACCAGCCCCCGAGGCCCUGAUGCAGGCCCUGGAGGACCUGGACUACCUGGCAGCUCUGGACGACGACGGCAACCUGUCGGAGGUCGGCAUCAUCAUGUCUGAGCUGCCACUGGAGCCGUCACUGGCCAAGGCCGUGAUCGCUGCCUGCGAGUACGACUGCGUGGACGAGCUGCUCACGAUCGCCGCCAUGCUCACAGCUCCGUCCUGCUUCAUCACCUCUGACACCAGCAGAGAGGAAGCUGCUGUCGCUCACUGGAGACCUCUGAUGCACACGGAGGGAGAUCACAUGACCCUCAUUAACAUCUACAAGGCCUUCACCGAGCAUAACCAGGAUGAGGCUUGGUGCGCGACCAACUUCCUCAGUCACACCUCGCUGCGAUUGGCCGCGGUGAUCAGGGCGGAGCUGCUGGAGGUGAUGCAGCGUAUUGAGCUUCCCGUUUCCCCCCCGGCGUUCGGCUGCCAGGACAACUGCACCAACAUCAAGCGAGCGCUGAUCUCGGGCUUCUUCCUCAAAGUGGCUCACGACGUGGACGGCGCCGGUAACUACCUCCUGCUGACUCACCGCCACGUGGCUCACCUGCAUCCCUUCUCCUCCUACCUGUGUCGCCAACCGUGCCCCGCCCCCCCCAGCUGGGUCCUCUACCACGAGUUCACCAUCUCGCGCGACAACUGCAUCCGCAUCGCUUCCGAGGUCCACCCGCAGAUGCUGCUGGAGCUCACGCCUCAGUUCUACCUGGGGAACCUGCCGUCGAGCGACGGGAAAGAGCAGCUGACGGAGCUGAGGCAGAGUCUGGAGCGCGACGAGGGCUCGGACGAGCUCGGAAGGACUCGCAGAGACUCUGUUGGGGCGGGCGACGCCCACAGUCAGUCGGACACCGAGCUCUGCGUCGUCCAAUGAGACGGAGCCGCUCGGGGAAACGAGGAUAAAAAGCCACAACUGUCACUUUUCUGCUUUCUGAUCUGAGAUUAGUUUUCUUCUGUGAAAUCGAAUCACUGUGAUAAUUUCAAAUGGACUUUACCUGAAAAACACUUAUGUACAGUAACGUGUCGUUAAUAUAUGGUGACCUUUUCAUGUUCUCCGUGCUCGUGGUGCGGUUUGUCUUCACUGUACAUUUUUAAAUGUUUUUUUUUAAUUCAUCCCAAUUUAAUGAGGGAUUUCUACGUUUCUAAAUUAUUCAACGAAAACAGUCUCAACACUUCAUCGUCAUCACAGUGUCGCCGUGGAUACAGUGACAACGAUAAAUUAAAAUAUUUUUAAAUAACAACAAUAAACAGCAAAAACUGAAGAAAAAAAUUGAGGGAUGUGGAAAAAUAUAUCAAACCACUCACGGGUCGUUUUCGUCAAAAAUGCUAUUUAAAGCAAAUCAUACUGAAACCAUGUUAUCAUUGCGUGACCUUUGACCUUUGUGCAGCGGCUCCUCAGGGCUCACAUGACCUGUGAAAGCACAAAGCUUCUAUUUUCAGCUUUUUGAUAAACUUUCUCUAAAGUUUCUGUUUUUCCUGCGUCGAUCUUCGCUCUGCCUGCUUCUCUGUGACCUCGUGUCAAGAAUGACAAACCUCUGUGUGAAGUGGACUCGUGUUCUAUGUGAUAGGACGAACCUGCCUACGCAGAAAGAGCCUCAAAUAAAGAAGAUUUUUUUUCAUGUUUCAAAA